GCUGAUUACGUCAUGCCGCUACGGCCCGGCGGUUCCCCGGGCUCGCGUGCAUCCGGCUGGCGGCUCCCAGUGCUCUAAACUCGGCUCUUUUAACCUGAGACUCUAACGCCGACCGCUGCGGCCCGGCCACCGCCUGAAAUGGACUCCACCGGCCAAGAUAUCAACCUGAAUUCUCCUAACAAAGGUGUGCUGUCUGAUUUCAUGACUGAUGUCCCUGUUGACCCAGGGGUGGCCCCCCGUACUCCAGCUGUAGAGGUCCUGACAGAGGUGGAAGAGGAAGAGCUUCGGGCAGAACUUGCCAAGGUGGAAGAAGAAAUUGUCACUCUGCGCCAGGUCCUGGCAGCCAAAGAAAGGCACUGUGGGGAGCUGAAAAGAAGGCUGGGCCUUUCUACCUUAGGGGAGCUGAAGCAGAACCUGUCUAGGAGCUGGCAUGAUGUACAGGUCUCAACUGCCUAUGUGAAAACUUCUGAGAAAAUUGGAGAGUGGAAUGAGAAAGUGACCCAGUCUGACCUCUACAAGAAGACUCAAGAAACCCUUUCACAUGCAGGCCAGAAGACAUCUGCUGCCCUGUCCACUAUGGGCUCUGCCAUCAGCAGGAAGCUUGGAGACAUGAGGGUUCAUCCGUUCUCACACUCCUUUAGCACCUACUCCAUACGCCACUCGAUAAGUAUGCCGGCCAUGAGGAAUUCUGCAACCUUCAAGUCAUUUGAAGACCGAGUGGGGACCAUAAAGUCUAAGGUUGUGGGUGGCAGAGAAAAUGGCAGUGACAACCUUCCUUCUUCACCUGGAAGUGGUGACCAGCCAGUGACGGAUCAUGCACCUUUUUAAGCUUUUCAUAGCUCAACAGCCACAGGACACACGGAAGCACACCUUUAUCAUCACUUCUGCAACUCUGCACAACAGAGCAACCAACCAGGGCCAGUAAACAGCUGGUUUUGAGGACAGACUACCUGUUCAUAUGCAGAUGUGGCUGCUGCUUGGCAUGAGUUAGUGAACAGUCUUGUACAUAGAUGUUUUACACUGAAGUUUAUAGAUGAAGCAGAUCACUGUGCCAUCCUUUCCAGGGACACAGGAAGUGGAUAGAUUGGAGGGACUCAAGGGGUAUUGAACUUGAACCCAUGUUCUCUUUGGAAGUCUUACCAGAACUUGGAGGGAGGAAGUGUUGGGUAUUAAAUGAGCAGCAUUUCCUGACCUGCCCUCCUCCCCUAACUCAGAAGACAUAUGCUCACUUAGGGUGCACUGCCUGGUCACAGUUUUUAAUUGAGUCCGAGAAAUCAAAGAGCUGUCCAUUUUCUGAGACCCUAGAGAGGAAACAUUAUCAGCAACUGCCUAAUUGUACACUAAUGACCUGGCUUUGGCAGAAGCAGGUUACUAUUUUUUAAAUCAGUGGACUUUUCAAAAUUGAUUAGAAAAAUAAUUAGGCAAAGCAACUUUAGCUUCAUCAUUAAAUAAUACUAUUUCUUUGAACUCAAGCUGAAAUUCAAGCCUUACAUUGCCUUAUGCUUUGUUUAUAAUCUUUUUUAUAUCUAUCUAUAUCUGCAUAUAUAUAUAUAUAUAGAGAGAGAGAGAGAGAGAGGGUUCUUUAAUGGGUUCUGAGUACUAUGUAGAAUUUUACAUCUUGCCAGUCUCACACUCUCCCUGUACUAGUCAAUGCCUUUUAUUUCUCUUAACACUCCUAGUGUGUGAAACUGGGUUCUCUCAAAGACUGGCAUGUCCCACUUGUUCUCCAUUCUAUCCCACAAAGAUGAGGCAGGAGGGAUAAGAGAAGGCAAAUAAGCCUCUGAAUGAGGUGCCCAGCACAGUGCUAUUUUGCUGACAGACAGCAGUGUUCUGGUCCACAGUUCCUGCCUGCUUUUCUACCACACAAAGGAUGAAUGAGAUGUAGAACCAGCCAUGCAGGUCAGAUAGGGGAUGUGGUUUUAGUUGAGCCAAAACUCUGCUGUCAUUUUUCCUUAGGAGCUACAAAGAUUUUUUUCCUGGAAGCACUGUGCCUUAGUGGCUCUUAGCAGAGCAGAGACCUCGUCUGCUGUGUGCACAUCUCUGCACUCCCUUGGAGGGAGGGGGCUGUUCAGCUUAGUGUCUGAUUUGGUAGAAUGUGAUGUGUCUUGGUGAUCACCAGCUGUCCCUGGUUACUUUGGACACCCUUGGAGGACUGUACUACACAUAAAAUGAGGAACAGUGAGGAAGUAGGAGCUAAAAAAGAGCACACCUUGGUUUCCUUUUUUCAGGGUUAAAGACCAUUAGUGUGUGAGGAGGCAGGUUACAGGAGUACAGGUCACUGUAUAUCUUCCUACAAUAAAUAAUAAGACAUCUUGUCAAUAAAGCAUUCCUUUGGAGGAAAA